AUGGUCGUCGCCCGCCUCUUCGACGGGCUGGCAGGCAGCGCCUUCCUCGCCGUUUCCGGCGGCACCGUCAGCGACCUCUUCCACCGCGAUGAACUACAGGCCCCCAUGCUGUUCUACUCCUUGGUCCAGUUUCUCGGGCCCGCCCUAGGCCCGGUCUUGGGUGGCUUCAUCAACUCUCACGUCAACUGGCGGUGGACGUACUACAUCCUACUCAUCUGGGCGUUUAUCCAGCUCGUUCUGGUCGUCUUCCUGACCCCGUCAUUCUCCGUGACAUGGCUAGGGCGAGGAGAAAGAAAACUGGUGACGACCCGUUGGAAAGCCCCUAUGGAAAAAGUCAACAAGUCCAUUGCCAGGACUAUCAGCCUCUCUCUCUUUCGGCCCUUCUUUGAGUUCAUGGUCCUCAACUUGUGCGUCUUCUCCGCCAUCCUCCUCGGCAUUCUCUACCUCUUCUUCGGCGCCUUCCCCCUCGUCUUCCGCAACGCCCACGACUUCAACCUGUGGCAGUUCAGCCUCAGCUUCCUGGGUAUCCUAGUUGGCACGCUCAUGGCCGGGGCUGCGGACCCGAUGUUUCAUGGCAUUCGCUGCUGCCUUGUCGCUCGCCUCGAGAAAAAGACGGGUAUUCAGGUGUCCAGCGAGCCCGAAUUUCGGCUCCCACCCGCCAUCUGCGGCUCAUUCCUUGUUCCCAUUGGGUUAUUCACCUUCGGAUGGACAACUUUCCCUCAUGUUCACUGGAUCGUGCCCAUCAUCGGGUCAAGCAUAUUUGGUGCAGUAAAUCUGCUGGUUUGUACCGGUAUCUUUACCUUCCUGGUCGACGCGUAUCCCCUCUAUGCGGCGAGCGCACUUGCGGCCAAUGCUUUUGUGCGCUGUCUGUUCGCAGUCGCCGCUUUAGCCACAUUCCCCUUGUUCGGGAACCAGAUGUCCGACAAGCUUGGAUAUCAGUGGGCCUCAUCUCUCCUUGGCUUCCUGACGCUUGCCAUGCUGCCGUUCCUAUAUCUGUUCUUUAGGUACGGCAAGAGGAUCAGGGGCAACAGCAGAUUUGCCACGGAUUGA